CACGAAUUGAAAGUCAAACUUCAACUAGUAUAGUUAUAGAAACUGAGCUAAACAAGGAACAAGUAAAAAAAAAACGCGUCGGAAAUCUUACUUCUUUUAAGAGAUUGUUACCGUUAGCAGUAAUUAAUUUAAUAAAUAAAUUUUUGAUUAAAUUAAAGAAUUUUUAUAUCAGCGGGAAAACAUAUUACAAAACUAUUAUUAUAACAAAUCUAUGCAAACAUAUCAAAGAACAAGUAUAUUUUUAAAUUAGUUUCGUUCCUGAAAAAAAAUUGUAAAUAAAAAUAAGUUAAAAUGAUGAAAAGUACUAGUCAUGAGGAAAAUGGAUCUUUUAAUCCAACAUUUAUUGGUGAUGAUGGUAGAACUGAAAUAAGAAUAGAUAAAGAUGUUAAUAAAGAUAUUAAAUUAAAACAACUAAAUGGGGAUGAAAAGGUUGUCGUUAACACAAAAGAGCAACCUGAUCGAGAAUCAUGGAAUAAUGAUAUCGAGUUUUUAUUAUCAUGCAUUGCAAUGUCCGUAGGUUUAGGAAAUGUUUGGCGUUUUCCAUUUACAGCAUUAGAGAAUGGUGGUGGAGCAUUCCUUAUACCAUAUUUAAUUGUUUUAGCAUUAGUUGGAAAACCUAUUUAUUAUUUGGAAAUGAUAAUUGGACAAUUCUCUAGUAAAGGUGCUGCUAAAGUUUAUGAUUUUUGUCCAGCAUUGCGGGGUGUUGGUAUCGGCCAAGUCAUUGCAACAUUUUUUCAAACAACAUAUUAUGUUUCAAUUAUGGGCUUAUGUGUUCGAUAUUUUGUUGCAUCAUUCAAUACGGUUUUACCAUGGAGUAUUUGUAAUCCGAAAUGGGGUGACAAUUGUAUACCUUCAAAUGUUGAAAUAACAAAUUCAACAACUGAGAACAAUAUGACAAUAUUUGUUAAUAUAAGCACUGAUUCAUCUGCUGAAUUAUACUUUUACAAAGACGUAUUAAUUGAAAUUGAUAAUAUUAAAGAUGGCAUUGGAGCACCAAUAUGGCAAUUGGUGUUGUGUUUGUUAGGUGCAUGGAUAAUUAAUUAUAUCAUUAUUGUUAGAGGAAUAAAAAGUUCUGGAAAAGCGUCAUAUUUCUUAGCAAUAUUUCCCUAUGUUGUUUUAAUUGCAUUAUUAAUAAGAGCGGUUAUGUUACCUGGUGCUAUGAAUGGAAUAUUGUAUUUUAUAAAACCACAGUGGAAUGAAUUGCUAAAUCCAAAGGUAUGGUACAAUGCUGUCACCCAAUGUUUCUUUUCGCUAGGAGUUUGUUUUGGAUGUAUAACAAAUUACGCAUCAUUUAAUAAAUUCGAUCAUAACAUUUAUAGAGACUCCACAAUUGUUACACUAUUGGACACUUUCACAUCUCUUUUAGCUGGAUCAACAAUAUUUGGAAUUCUUGGUCAUUUAGCUCACGAAAUCGGUGCUGACGAUGUUGCAUCUGUUGUUAAAAGCAGUGCUGGUUUAGCAUUCAUUUCAUAUCCAGAUGCUAUAGCACGUUUUGAUAUAUUACCGCAAGUAUUUUCUGUAUUAUUUUUUGCCUUACUUUUCGUUCUCGGCGUUGGUAGCAAUACUGGAAUGAUAUCUUGUAUUAUGACAACAAUUCGUGAUAGAUUUGAAAAUAUACCAAAUUGGUUAUGUGCAGCAGUGAUAUGUUCUCUUAGUUUUUUGGUCGGUUUAGCAUAUGUAACACCUGGUGGCCAAUCAAUGUUAACUUUAAUUGACUUUUUUGGUGUGUCAAUGUUAGCAUUGAUUCUAGGAAUAUGCGAGCUAUUGUGCUUGGGUUGGAUUUAUGGUGUAAGUAGAAUAUGUCGAGAUACUAAAUUCAUGAUAAAUAAAACCCCGGGAAUAUAUUGGAAAUUGUGUUGGGCUUUUAUAACUCCAUUUAUAACAAUUGCCAUCACACUUUACUUUUUUGCUUCUUUUGAACAAGUAACAUAUAAAGGAGUAGUGUUACCACCUUGGGCAAUGGCAAUUGGAUGGAUUUCGUUUUUAAUUGGGAUUAUACAAGUACCUAUCUGGGCAAUUGUUGCUAUUUAUAAACAAAAAGGAGAUACUUGGAGCGAAAAAAUAAGUGAGUCUUUUAAACCAUCAAAAUCCUGGGGACCAAGAAAUUUUGCAACAAAAGAAGAAUAUGAUAAAAUUCAAAAUUUGCGGAAUCAAACACGAAUGUUUGAAAAUGAUGGAUUUAUUAGUUUUCUGAAACGAAAAAUUUUUAGCUAGUUUAGGAUCUAUUUUUUAAAACCAUUUUCAUUAAAAGUAUUUGUAAAUCAUGUUAUGUGUCUUUUAGUAUUAAUAUUGUUUUUAUACUUUAACUUAAUUUACGAUAAACUACGAGAAAAUUUUUUAUUUUUUUAUAUAUAUAAACCAGGAAUAAAAAUGUAUACUUUGAAUUUGUGAUAUUAUGUUGUAAAUUUAAGUGUAUAGAAUAUAACAGAACAUAUUAAUGUAAGACAAUAUCUACGGAGAAGAAAAAAAAAAAGAAACAAUAAACUGAAAAAUUUUAAUUUAUUGAAAACUACUUGUGACAAUGUAAAACUAUAGAUUUGGACAGUGUAAUGUAUUUAAGAUGAAAAAAAUGUUAGGAUAAGGCUAUACUUAAUUGAAUUUUUAUUUUAGUACAUAUGUAUAUCGCGAUUUUUUUAGUACACAUAAUGAAAUAGAUUUUUAAUUAAAUUUUUUAUAUGAUUAAAAUAUUAUGUAUUAGAAAAUAAAAUUAAUUCAAACUUGA